AAGACCGGUGCUAGUUCUUGAUGCCGAAAAUGUCAGCUGAGCAGACAGAGGACUUGAAGGCCUUUGAAAGAAGAUUAACAGAAGUAAUCGACAAGGUUCAGCCAACAGCUAGGUUAUGGCGAAUGGUAUUGAUUGUGAUAUCAGUUUGCACAGCUGCAGGUGCUGGCACCUGGCUUCUUGAUCCGUAUACAACUAAAGUAUAUUUGUCAACAUCAUUAUGGAAUCAUCCCUGUUUUACCAUUAGUUGUAUAGUGCUGUUAAUGUUAUUUUUGUGUGGAAUUCAUAAAAGGGUUGUUGCACCAUCAAUUAUAGCAACCAGAUGUAGACAGGUUUUGGCAGAUUAUAAUAUGUCUUGUGAUGAAACUGGUAAAUUGAUUCUAAAACCCAGACCCUCCUUAUGACGUGACCAGAUCGUAGAUUUUAGAAUUGAUACUGAAGUAUAAACCAUCUGUGAUACAGUUGCUAUUUACAAACAAGUCAGAAUUUUCUCACAGGAAUAUUUGAUACGAAAUGAAAGGGCAUGCUUCAGAGUGGAAGUAAAUUUAGAGUUAAACUCUAUGGGAGACAUGAACAGAUUGUCAGCGUCAUCUCAUGAGGUAUGAAUUGUGAUUGUUUGAAUAACCGGGUUACAGUUAGUGGUCAGUGUGUGAAAUGUAAACAAUGAUUGGAAAAGAGUGAAAGUAUGGACCACUUUUGUAUAAUCUUAGAAACAGGGUUUCACCUCUGUGGGGAUCAAUAUAGGGGUUUAAUGAAUGUUAUUAUAUUACUUCCACCUUUCUAACUUCUUCACAAGCUCCAUAACACUUUUUAACAACUUUUAUUCCCUUGGCAAAACAUUAAAAAUAUAACUCUCCAUUUCUCAUUUCUCAUGCUUUCUUUUUCGAAAGAUACUUGUUAAAUUUCCAUCUGAUUCAAUGUGUUUAUAGGAUACGAAAAUUUUCUGAUGAACAUAUUCUACCAUAAAAUAACCUAGAACAAAAAUCAGAAGUCAAAGCCCUAAAAAGGAUUCGUAAUUAUGCAAAUCAUGUUUGAAUUACAAUAUAUUAUUCUACUUGGGACAGUAUUCACCAAUGUUAUUGUAAUAGCCAUAUAAGGAAAAAAUUGAUAAAAUAUAUAUGUGUAAUUCCAGAAUCCAUAUGGAUUAUAUUUAGAGCUAAAUAAUUCAAUAACAUAUAUAUAUGCUUUUUGUUGUAUGUAUGAUGUUUUUUAAAUGUUGUCAGUAACAAAAUGAUUCAGAAUUCUUGAAGGGAUUGUACAUUUAGUAACAAAAAACAAAA